AUGACUUUCCACUUCAGCUAUGAGAAUGUGCCAUUGCUGUUUUCUGGACUUACAAUCAAUUCUCCUGGAGAAAUGGCUGGUGCUUUUGUGGCUGUCUUCUUCCUGGCCAUGUUUUAUGAAGGCCUUAAGAUUGCCCGGGAGUGUCUGCUCCGUAAAUCCCAAGUCAGCAUCCGCUAUAACUCCAUGCCAGUGCCAGGCCCCAAUGGCACAAUCCUGAUGGAGACACACAAAACCGUUGGACAGCAGAUGCUGAGCUUCCCUCACCUCCUGCAGACUGUGCUGCACAUCAUCCAGGUGGUGGUCAGCUACUUCCUGAUGCUGAUCUUCAUGACCUACAACGGGUACCUGUGCAUCGCCGUGGCAGCAGGCGCAGGCACCGGCUACUUCUUCUUCAGCUGGAAAAAGGCAGUGGUGGUGGAUAUCACAGAGCACUGCCACUAACCCUGGGGGCUGCCCAGAAGCCUCUCCACCCCACUGCUCCCCUGAAGUGCAGCCAUCACAAGGACUGGAUCAUUCCUAAGCU